AUGGGCAACUACAAUACAAGACUUCCCCAACAAGCAAUAUCGGCACACUUUAUCCCCCUCAAACUCCUUGGGAAAGGCAAUUUUGCAAAAGUGUAUCUUGUCAAACACAAACAAGAUCAAACCCUCUAUGCUCUUAAAUUAUCCCCAAAAGCCAAAAUGCGCAAGGAAAACAAGCUAUUGCAUAUCAUUAACGAACGCAAUAUCCUUGAAGGACUGCAUCAUACAUGCAUAACUGAGUUGUGCUACUCGUUUCAAGACAAUUUGGGAUUGUUUAUGAUUUUAGAAUUUGCUGAUUCAGGGGAUUUGCGAUCGCAUAUGAAGGCGCAUUUAUGGAGUGAGAACGAUGCCAUGUUUGUAAUCUCGGAAAUUGCUUGUGGGCUAACAUAUCUUCACAAAAAAAAGAUUGUACAUCGAGACAUCAAACCUGAAAAUAUACUGAUGGAUAGUUUGGGACACGUGUUUAUUUCUGACUUUAAUGUUGCAAUUCGGCAGCAAUCUGGGCUACCAAUCCGAUCUGUAGCAGGAACAGAACCAUAUAUGGCGCCGGAAAUACUCAACCAUAUCGGGUAUCAUGCGGCAGUAGACUGGUGGUCACUGGGCGUUGUACUAUUUGAAAUUAUACAUUCUGAACGUCCCUUUCGAACGCGCAACAGACGAGAGUUUAUCAAAAAAGGAGCAUUUACAUUUCCGUACCACAUUCCAGCCAUUUCCAGUGCAUGUAAAGAUGCCAUUAGCCGAUUUCUGGCAUUUGAGCCAACCCAGCGUAUGGGAUUUGAAAAAAUAGGACUGGAAAUGCUUUACUCGCAUCCGUUUUUUGUCGAUAUACCAUGGAAAGAUGUUGGGAAUAAAAAGUAUGCUCCACCCUACCGGCCAUCUAUG